AUGGCGGAUGUUUACAUUGCUAAGAAGCUAUCCAAAUUAGGUAAACGUUUUGCCUUUGUUCGUUUUAUUAAAGUUUCAGAUGAGAAAUUAUUGGAAAGAAAGAUUAGAGAAAUUUGGUUGGGUUCAUACCACCUGUUUGCUUCAGUAGCUCGUUUUCAGCGAGAAUCUGAUCGUAAGAGGCGGUCUGAUUCACAUGUACAUGGUGAUCAGGUGGUGUCGAAAAUUAAUAGGCAAGGGCAAGAAUCCUAUGCAACUGUGGUUAAGGGGGGGAAAGGCAUGCAUAGGCUGAAAGAGCCUAAAUUUACUGUUUGUACUUUCUCUGGGAAGGAAAUAUGCAAUAAUCUAUCCUUAAAGGCUUCAGUGUUUGCGAAACUCGGGGAUAUUAGAUUGAUUCAAAAUUUGUUUGUUUUAUUGAAAGAAGAAGGCUUUAAUGAUCUUUAA